UGAUAACACCAUUAUCUUUUACGGUUUCAUCUCAUAUAGAUUAGCUAGCCCUGAAAAUAAUAAUAGUUCAUUUAUAACCUAGUUCGUGAAAAUGAAAAAUGGUUCAUCCAACAGAACUUUUAAGGACAGAUUCGACCGGAGAUGAGGGUAGUUUUAUUGCCCCCGUAGGUGACUAUCGAAACGAUGUAGAUUGCGGUUGCAGUGUUCUGCCCUGUCUAACUCAAAGACUCAAUUUAGAAAAGUACGCGAAACCUACGUUUUUUGUGGGUGUGUUAUCUUUUGCGGGAUUUUUCAGUGGCAUUGCUCUUAAGUACUUUAGGGGGACUUCACAGAUAUGGAGUCAGCACUAUAAUAUACCCCAAGACACUAUUGACUGGCUCUUGUACAUAAAUGAAAUUUUUGUUGGAGGAUUUGCAUUGCUCAUUGCCUAUUGGGGCAACCGAAUGCAUCGAGUUAACUGGCUGGGUGCCUUUACGAUAUAUCUGGGCGUAUCUUGUUUUACUUUAGCCAUUCCAGAAUUUUAUCAACCCUUUAAUCGAGAGGAAACUGAUAUAAACGUUGUAAAUGGACGGGUUUUAUGCAGAGUUUCCAACUUAUCGGAAACGAGGAAUAUUUCCAUGGACGUCAAUAAUCAUGCAGUGGCUUUUAUAAUAGUAAUUUGUCACCAAAUUGUAGUUGCUCUCUAUACCAUAUCGUUUGUUGCCCUUGGAAUCACUUAUAUUGACGACAACUCUUCAGCAACUCAGAGCCCCAUAUACAUAGCCUUAGCGUUUGGGGCGCAAAGACUGGGAAAGCAAACAGGAAUAUACAGCGCUUGGCUGCCAUUGAUUAUCACCAAACAGAGUGUGUUUGUCACAAUAACCUGGCUCUCAGUUGCGGUUCUUCUUUUACUAACCGGAUGCUUGAUAGCGAUGUUUCCUAAAGUGAUGCCCAGCACUCUGCUGCGGAAGUCUGUUAACUCAUUGCUGAGCAUCGCUUCUGGUAAUGCUGUUAUCGAGAGCCGUGGCUCAGUUGAUGGGUUCUUCACGAGUUUGGGUCGAAUACUCAGAAACAGAGUAUUAUUAUUAAACAUUGUAGCGAUGACGUGUAUGCAAGCCGCCAUAAUAAAUUUCAGCAUACAAGAGAAAUUUUUCAACCAGUCGAAAUAUCACGUCUCAAAAUACAACGACGUCUCGGGAUAUAGCGAUCCGAUGCUAAUACAGUUUAGCACCAACUUGUUGAAACAACCCCUCGUAGCUGUCGCAUAUAUUUGCGUCGGGAUUAUUAUUGCUAAGAUGAAUCCCACUCCCAAACUCUUGAUUAUGUGGAAUAUACUGGUUUUUGGGAUUGUUCUGGUGACAUUUGCGGCAAUUCGCUUCUUCAGCUGCACUACAGAGCUGCAUAAUGAGCUUGCAGGCGCAUUAACCAUUCCAUACUGCAGUUGGCAUUGUGGAUGUUCCCUGGAUGGACCUUUCCAACCGAUUUGCCUUAAUGGAGAAACCCAUUUUUCGCCUUGCUGGGCUGGCUGCUCGUCAUUCGAUUCAUCGUUGAAGAUCUAUGAAAAUUGCACUUGUGCAGGUGAAAGCCGAAGAGUGGCAUCUGAAGGUUCAUGCGAUGCAGAUAGUUGCAGCACGCUUUGGGCUUUGGCUCAGGCUCAUGGGGUGGUUUCUUCAGCGUUGUUGGGCACGACUUUUAUUACGACUCUGAUUAUUAAUUUGCGAUGCAUUGCAAGGAAAGAUAAGGCCCUGGCUUUAGGGUUACAUAUGACUUGCAUCAGUUUGAUUCCUUAUUUGCCUAUUAGGGCCAUAUACGAUGUCAUAGCAGGCAAUUUUUGUCAAAUGUGGGGAAAGUCCACAUGUCAAUUCUAUUCAGACCAGUUUGCAGUAUUUAUAGCAGUCCUCACUGUAUCGCUGAAAGCUGCGGCAAUUUUGCUGUCAAUUGUUUUGCUGUUCUUCAUUGACAAAAUCAACCUCUAUAGUAGCAAUAAAUCCAGAAAAGGUUCAGAUGAAGACCUACCCGUUUUACGGCGUCCUGGUCUCUUAUAUGGGGACGCCAACGCAUCAACUAGUAAUGAUCCCAACGGAUUUUCUGACAACAGCCCCCAAGCGGAAGAGCACGAAAUACAGCAGUACCCACUGCUAAAAAACAAGCAAAAAAGCGACAGCAAAUUAGACACCAGAUCGGACAGGUCGAGUAAAAGCGAUAGAAUCAACGCGUAUUUGAGUGAAGGAGAUUUGGUUCCCCCGUUAAAGGCAAAUUUGAGGCUUGGAAAGUCCGCCUCCAAGAACUCAAACUCUAAUAACUCGGCACUAUCAAACGAUUCAUCAUUGUCGGAAAUUGCGAACACAGUGGGGGAUGAUCAUGAUAGCGACUUUUCCACUCUGCAACGACCUCAGAGGAUCAAGAUGUUAGAUUCUAAACUACAGCAACAUCUGGAAGACUCCGCCUCAAACAGUGAUAGUGAUAGGGCUGCGCCAACUAACAGAACCCCCUUAAGAAGCGGACCUAAAUCCAACAAUAUAGAAGAAACUGAAUUUUAGCUCAUUGAUGCUCCCAGUAUAAGUGAAGAAAUAUAUCGUUUGUGCUUGUUUUACUGA